AUGGGACAGAGAACCAAUAUCACAGAGUUUGUUCUUCUGGGCCUCACUCAGGACCUUGCUGGGCAAAAAGCAUUAUUUGUUAUGUUUUUACUCAUCUACAUUGUGACAAUAGUGGGUAACUUGAUCAUCGUUGGGACAAUCAUUGCUAGUCCAUCCUUAGGAACUCCAAUGUACUUCUUCCUUGCUUAUCUGUCACUUCUGGAUGCUAUUUAUUCCACUACAAUUUCACCCAAGUUGAUGGUAGACUUGCUGUGUGACAGAAAGACUAUUUCCUUUCCUGCUUGCAUGACUCAACUCUUUUUGGAACACCUACUUGGUGGUGCUGAGGUCUUUCUUCUGGUAGUGAUGGCCUAUGAUCGUUAUGUGGCCAUCUGCAAACCACUGCAUUAUUUGAUCAUCAUGAAUCGGCGGGCUUGCUUCCUCCUGUUGGUGGUGUCCUGGGCUGGCGGCCUUGCACAUUCUGUGGCUCAACUUCUCUUUGUAUACAACCUGCCCUUCUGUGGUCCCAAUAUCAUUGACCAUUUUAUCUGUGACAUGUACCCAUUAUUAGGACUUGCAUGCACUGAUACGUACUUCAUUGGCCUCACUGUAGUUGCCAAUGGUGGAGCAAUAUGUAUGUUAGUCUUUAUCAUACUCAUAAUCUCCUAUGGAAUCAUCCUAAGAUCUCUUAAGACUCACAGUCAGGAAGGGAGGCGCAAAGCCCUGUCCACCUGCAGCUCCCACAUCAUUGUCCUCUUUUUUGUUCCCUGUAUUUUCAUGUACGCUAGACCUGUUUACAACUUUUCUAUUGAUAAAUCCAUUACUGUUUUUUAUACAAUUAUUACUCCUAUUUUGAAUCCUUUAAUAUAUGCCUUAAGAAAUUCAGAGAUGAAAAAGUCUAUGGAAAAUCUAUUGCAGAGUUUUAUCUACGAUAGAAUAAGAAUGUCUUCUUACUGA